AUGAGAAUCUGUUUUGUUUGUGAAAUUGGUAACCCUAUUAAUCUUUGUUUUGUUAUUAUUUUUACUCUCAACCUAGUUAUUACCAGAAUGUCAGUGACGGUGACCAAGGCGGAGGGAGUGACUGUUUUAACACUGACCAGCAAUGAAGGUAGCAACUGUCCUUUGCUGUGUCAGAUACUGGGCAAUCUCUGUUACAGUCCAGUAUGCUCAGUGUCUCAGAAGCUGAAGAUUAAUUUAGGAGGAACUCUGACCGCACUGGGGUCUGUUCAGAUCAUGAUUGGCUUGCUUACCAUUGGGCUUGGUUCAGUUUUAUUCUCAUUACAAGAUCAUUGGGAUACUUUUCCAUCUAGAGUCUUCGCUCCGUUCUGGCUUGGAUCAAUGUUCAUGGUCUUUGGUGUGAUGUGCAUCCUCGGCGAGAAGUUCCCAAGCCCAUGUCUGGUUGUCAUUACUGGAAUGAUGAAUGCGAUCAGCAUCGGCUCUGCAAUAACUGCCAUUGUGGUUUAUGCAAUUGACACUGCGGGGGCAGAAUAUUGGGGUGACUUAAAUUGUGAUGGGAACAACCGGUAUGAUUAUAGACCGUCACCAAUCCCACCCUUGGGAAAAGAAGAAAAUAUUGCAAUUUGCAAAAGAAACCAGGCUGCUGGACAGGUGCUUAAGACAGGAAUGGACAUUGUAAUGAUCAUUUCUGCCAUUGUACAACUUGGUGUUGCCAUCAGUGCCUUCGUCUUGACCUUUCGGGUAGCAUGCAAAAAGGGAAUAGCUCAACAGGAUCCUCAGCUUCGUGAGCCUCUGGUCUAUGAAACGUUGUCCAACCCAGCAGUCUAAUAUUUC